AUGGGGGAGGCCACGAGGCCCGCCCCCCCCGGGCCCCCCGGCCGGCUGCCGAUCGACUUCGAGGGCGAACUGCCGGACUUCGUCCAGGACGAGGCGGACGAGGAGCCGGCCAACAACGACGACGACGACGACCACCACGAGCAGGAGGACGAGGAGUAUGUCCUGCCUGACAUCAACAACGCCAACCGCUGGAUUCUCGGCCACCGUGGCAACAGCUGGGACUACCCGCAGAACACCCUGCAGGCCUUCCAGUCCUGCGUGGACCUCGGCUGCGACUGCAACGAGAUGGACCUCCGCCGGACCAAGGACGGUGUGCUGGUGGUCUUCCAUGAUGCCUCGGUCGACUCGGUGACCAACGGCAAGGGCAAGGUCAACACCUACACCUUCGCCGAGCUGCAGAAGCUGGAUGCCGGCUACCGCUUCACUCGUGACGGCGGCAAGACCUACCCCUUCCGUGGCAAGGGCUACAAGAUCCCCUCCCUGGCUCAGGUCUUCAGCAAGAUCAAGAAGGGCUACUUCAACAUGGACAUGAAGGACGAUGACUCGCGCGUGCCGCAGGAGCUGUACAACCUGAUCCGCAGCCACGGCGUGGCCAACCGUUCGAUUGUCGGGUCCUUCAUCGACCGGAACACCGAGGCCUUCCGCAAGAUCGCCCCCUCGAUCCAGUCGCUGGCCACCGCCAAGGAGGCCACCGCCUUUGCGGCGGCCUUCCACAAGGGCGACAACGCGGCCGCCUGCCGCGCCGUGAGCGCCUCCAACUGGCAGGACCUGCCCACCCAUCUGACCAAGAACUGGCCGGCCUACAUCAAACUCUCGCACCAGUGCAAGAACAAGGUGGCCUUCUGGACCAUCAACGACACGGCCACCAUGGAGAAGCUCCUGAAGGACGGCGCCGACGGCAUCAUCACCGACAAGGUGGCUGAGGCGGCUCGUCUCUUCCGCCGUCUGGGCUACAAGAAGUAAAGCACCCCCCCUUCUCGGGGGUUUGUCUCCCCGCUCCCCUGUCUCUGUGUAUUUCCGUGCACAUGCCCGCGGGGGAAAGGCUGGGGCUGGCGGGGCGUGGGGGCGUCUCGUGACACCCUCCCCCCCCCUCCCCUGGCCUUUCCCUCUUGAUCGCCGCAUCCCUCCGCGCACUCCGCUCCUCGGCUUCUGCCGGUGGCGGGUGAAUAUACACACAUCCCGUCCGCGUGCGCGCGCACACACCCACACA